GCAGCAGCAGCAGUACGAUAACUUUGCCACUGCAGGAGAAGCUCAAUCGAAUAAAUGGGAAGAUGCGUCAGCAAUAGGCGCUGCUACAGCACCAGGAGGUACUACUGCUCCCAGCAACGCUGCUGAAGUGACCGAUUCUAAUGCGAGUGAACAAAGACAGCAAAACUGCGAUGAACCUAAAACGGCACCACCUACGAGUGAGCUAAACGCGACAACCGUGUCCGAUACCGCCGCAGUACCUACGGCACCUGAAAGUAAAGAUGCAUCGGGUGUAGGUGCUCUAGAAUCCUCAAGCAACUUCCCACAUGAUGCAGCUACCGUGACACAGGAACAAGCGAACGCACAGUACGCCAACCAACCUUCACUGGAAGAUCUCAACGAUCCGGUCAAGCCGGAUCUUAGUUCAUGUGACAAGUCAAGCGACGAGAUGGUGGCGAUGGACACGAAAGAGAACAACCCCGAUAGCAAGAUGGAAGAGGAGUUGGGAUCCAGUAUAUCGUCAGGUCCAGCUGGUGAGCUGAAACCGGAAAUUAAGCAAGAAUGUAACAAAGAAGAGAGCCACAUUAAGCAAGAAUCGGACAAACUGGAUGAAGGACAGCGUGCAGCGAAUGAAGAUACAAAUGGCACUGUUAAGUGUGAAGUUAAAGAGGAGAAGGAUGGAGCAGAAGAUUCCAGCGUUGUGGUCAAUGGUGACGCUAAGAUGGACAACGCACCACAGUCCAAGGAAUCGCAGCAAACGCCUGUCGCCACUACACAAGAUUCAGUCCCAGAGAAUGCAGCGGAUGUAGAUGUAAAGCAGGAAGUGAAGAAAGAGGGCAGCGAGCAGGAGGAUAGUGUAAUGAAGCGCGAAAUAGAUGAUAGCGGCAUCAAGGAGGAGAUCGUAAAGAAAGAUGUUGAAGAGGUAGUGGACGCAGAGAAGGACAAAACCGUCAUGAUCUCUACGGACACUGACAAGUGUGCAGAAGAUUCAAAAGAUGUGAAAGAUGCAAUUUCGAUCGAGGAAGUCAAGGACAUUGAUAAAACGCAAGAAGAUGCAAAAAUUGUUGAAUCGAUCCCAAAGGAGGAGAAAGAAUCAAAAGACGGUAUCAUCAAGAUUGAGGAUGAUGCUCCGGAUGCAAAACCAACAGCAUUACAACCCGAGAAGGAAGAAAAUAAUAUCGAAGAUAAAGAUGUGAAGGAAGGAGCCUCUUCGGCGGUAGUGCCAGUAACCAAUGCAUCUGUUGGUACGAAAGAAACGAAGGGAAAAGAUUCCAAGGACGAGAUUCCCUACGAGUGGGCUUUCGAACUGAUGAAAGGUUACAUUCCGGAUUUACUGGAAACCUCACCGAAGAUGGAAAUCUUUUUCUGCAUCCUGGAAGAGAGUAUCCGUUUGGGCGAUCGGUUGCUCGUGUUCAGCCAAAGUUUGCUAACGUUAAACCUGAUCGAGCGCUUCUUACAGAACAAUAAGAUUCCCGGUACCGAGAGCCAUUGGUCUAGAAAUAUUAGCUACUUCCGUUUGGAUGGUUCAACGGUAGCACAGGAACGUGAGAAGCUGAUCAACGAGUUCAAUUCGAAUCCGAAUGUUCAUCUAUUUCUCGUUUCGACCCGCGCUGGCUCGCUGGGUAUUAAUUUGGUGGGCGCAAACCGUGUAGUGGUGUUCGAUGCAAGUUGGAACCCAUGCCAUGACACGCAAGCCGUAUGCCGAGUGUAUCGUUAUGGGCAAAAGAAACCCUGCUUUGUCUACCGACUGGUGAUGGAUAAUUGUUUGGAAAAGAAAAUCUACGAUCGCCAGAUCAAUAAGCAGGGCAUGUCGGAUCGUAUCGUGGACGAGUGCAAUCCAGAUGCACAUCUGUCGAUGAAGGAAAUCACCAGCCUUUGCUAUGAUGAUGGAGAGGAUGGGGAGAUAAAAGAUUUUAGCCAAGAUAAGGACAAGUUCAUCGAUAUCGUGAUGCAGCAUUUGCUCGAGUUACAUUCGAAGAAGCUGACAAAGGCACCGUUCGCGCACGAAAGUUUGCUGAUUGAUCGCAAGGAGAAGAAACUGUCUUCGGCCGAGAAACGGCAGGCACAGCGUGGCUACGAGCUGGAGAAGCAAGCCGCCACCAAGCCAACAUACUCGUACACGUCCAUGGGGACAACUUAUCGUGCGAUUCGUACCUCUGACGGAUCCAUCAUCCAUCGACCGGUGGCCUCGGUCCGGCCUAUGCAGGCAGGUGAUGCGAACAAGAAUAAUGUUGCCGGUGCAAGGCCAACUCGCUGGAUACCAGCGGAAGUGUGGCAACGACAGGGUAUGACGGCUCAGGAAAUGACACUACCGAUAGAUGUGGUCAUACCAACAAGCUCAGCCGAUAAGUCUAAUAUUGUACUGAAGGCGGGCCAGAAGGUGAUGGUACUGAAAUCCCCGAAAGGCAUCUAUAUGCAGUUGGAGAGUGGUAAAAUCAUUGCCAUUCGUACGGCUUUCAAAGUUGGUCAAAGCAAGGAUGCUACGACAACGAAAGGAGGAAAUGUUGUCACAACCACUCCUAGCACCACGACGACAGCUGGACGACGAACGAACCUAACAUUUAGCAGCACGAAAUCGUCAUCCACGUUGCUGCUUCCGAAGAAUGGAAGUGGCGGUGCAAGUGAUUUCUCAGAAGGGAACUCACUCAGUAUUGCAUCUAACUCUGAUGACGAUGAAAAAUCCGAUUCGAGUUUGGUGCCACUCACGAUACACGAUGAUGGAGAUAGUGAGAAGGAAACGAUGAGCGUCGACGACUACCCGGACAAACCGAUCAUGAAAAAGGACGAUGUCGAGCAUAUCGUGAAUGACAAAACGGACACUACGAGCAGCACCGGAAGCUUGAGCUGUGGCGGUAGUAGCAGCGGUACAACUGCCAGCACAGCAGCUUUGCCAACCGGCUUAGGUGUAGCAUCGUUCAAGAAUGCAUCCCAUCAGAAGAUGAGUGCAACAGUAGGCGUAAAUCAAAGUGGUGAGGCAACCGGCGAUAAAUUUCCCGUGAUUCAGUCGGUACAUUCGUUGGCAACAGAGACAUCACUACCUAAUCGCGGGUUAAUGCACAACCAAGUACCUGCUCCGACGGCUACGGUGACGAUAGAUGAUGAUUCACCCCCAAUGCGCGAAAAAGCGAUCUUUAAACCGAAUUUGGUAGAGCGCAAAGCGAAGGUAUCGCAGUCAGCUUUGAAAAACUAUCGUCACAAGGGAGGGAAGGCGGGACUAGAGAUGGCUACUAUGAACGUUGCUACAACAAGCGUGAGCCACACUCCGGAGACAGCUUCUCAGUCUACUACGACUGCUAGUAGCACUACUUCUACUAGCACCGCUGUUAGCGCAACUGCAGCUUCACCAAGGGUGAAUGAGCUAUCGUCUGGUGGUGGAGGUAGUGGUGCCACUGGUCCAGUUACAGGAUAUGGAUCUGUUACGAUGAACCCGCAUGGUAGUACAACGGCCACUAAACCGCAUCAACCAUCAUUGUUACUGUCUAGUGAGUCGAACAAAAAACCACACACUCCAAAUGCUGCACCACAAGCGUCACAACCGAUAGGGCCCACAAUGGAGUCUUACGCCCAUCAAACAGAUCAUGCCGGCACAGGGUUCGCGCAUCAUCAGCAGCACUCUGCAACAACUGCACAUGCAUCGUCGCGUUUGGCACAGAAACCUGUACCAGCGGCAACUUCACAGUCUCCUUCAGCCGAUACCUUAGGGAACACACAUCAAACGUACCCUGCAUACGGCCCUCCACAAACUCCUCCAUCAUCGCUGAGUGGUAGCAAAAGUGCUAUGCAUCACCAACAGCAGCAUCAUCACCACGCAGUGCAUGGGUCAGCCGGUUCUUCCGGUUACGCUGCACCUAAACAGCAUAGCCAGCAUUCGGCGUGGAUGCCCUAUAGCGUUGGUUCAUCGGCAAGCGGAUCCGCAGGCAAUUACGGACAAUACGCUUCUCCUAGCGCCCCCGGCAUGCCUCCGUCACAGCACCACCAUCAGCAGCAUCAUCCUGGUCACAGCGGUUACCCGCCUCAGCAUCAACCACCGAUAGGUCAUCAGCAGCAUCGCUCACCCCACCACCCGUUACACCAUCCAUCGACUGUACAAGGACCGCCUCCUCCACCUCCCGGGCCGUACGAGUCGAGUUUGAACUUUUUGGAGAAAACCACAUCGGCACUGAUCAACAAUCAAAACCAGAGUGAAUUCCAGGCUUCACUGAGUAACAUUACUCGGUCACCGACACCAACGGACGGUUACGUAGAUUACACACCGAAGCCAGUACCUACCGCCACUGGUAAAAAGGGCGCUGCCAAGAGCAAAACACCGAAGCAACCUAAAAAUGAUUAUGGUGCCGCCAAGAAGGCGCUUAACAAACGCAACAAUCCCUCACCAUACACGCACAUUUCGUCAUCGUCUGCCUCGUCAUCGCCCUCGGCUUCUCCGGCAGUUAUGAAUCUUCCGCCUGGAAGUGCAUCUUCGAUGGGUGGAUCGUAUCCGUUGAGCUAUCCUGGUAAUUCUAGCAAUGUUGCCCCGCAACCACCAUCAGCGGCGACAUCCAUACCGCCAACUCCGUUGUCUGCUGCAAAUGCAUCAGUUGCACCGAAUCCUCCAACAGCCGGAGCCUACUAUGAUAAUUAUGCGCAACAUUCUACCAGUAAUCAACAAACGCUGUCCACCGGAUACGGACCACCAUCGGUUGCUCCAGGAACCUCGCAUACUCAUACACUUCCACCUUCAACGGUAUCUGGAUAUGGUGACGGUAGUAUGCCUCCCGUUUCGUCGUAUGCUGGAUCAUCCUAUACAUCAACCAGCAAUAGCACCACCGCGACGGCAACCGUUCGCUCCAACUACUACCAACCAUCUGGCGGUGGCAAUGCUACGGAUCCGAGUGUCCCUCCCUCUGCUUCAACAGCAGCUCUAACAGGGGUACCUUCCACGAACUAUGCUACGGAAUCACACCAUAGCGCAUCACCGCCACAAGCUAGCAUACCUCAUUACUCUCAACCUCAGGCCACAACCGUACCGGUCUCAUCCGCGC